UUCCAACUUCCACAAUCCGUUAGUCGGGAACGGACAAAAAAAAAAUGUAUUCCCUCUCUGCUGCCAUUUCUUGUACUUGCUCUCUCCGCCGGCGUGCACCCAACGCGCCGCCGUUUCAGAGUCUCCGAAAAAAUGCUAUUUGGCGCCAUCAGAAGAAGAACCACAAUCAAUUCUCUCUAUCUUUCGCGUUGCCUUUCGACCUCUCCCCUCCUCCCAUUGACCUCGAUUUCGACCCCCUUGAGACAACAACUACUGCUGAACCAGAAGUGUCUGAAGAUGGGACAGCGAUCACAUAUGGAAAUGACGACGAGGCAUUGGAUGCAGCUGACAAUGGUGUUGUGGUUGUGGAUCUUUCCGAUUAUGGCCGAAUAAGAGUCAGUGGGGAAGAUCGAAUUCAAUUUCUUCACAAUCAAACUACUGCAAACUUCGAAAGUCUCGGUGAAGGCCAGGGAUGCGAUACAGUUUUUGUGACACCAACCGCUCGGACAAUUGAUAUUUCUCACGCAUGGGUCAUGAAAAAUGCAGUAGUGCUGUUGGUCUCACCGAUGACUUGUGGAAGCAUAACUAAAAUGCUGAACAAGUACAUAUUUUUUUCUGACAAGGUGGAAAUUCAGGAUAUCACUAACCAGACGAGCAUAUUUGCAUUAUCGGGACCUAAAAGCAGCAAAAUAAUGGAGGACUUGAAUCUAGGAGAUCUUGUUGGACAACCAUAUGGCUCUCAUAAACAUUACAGCGUUGGUGGUAUGCCAUUGACAGUGGCAGUAGGAAGUAUCAUCUCGGUUGAAGGUUUCACAUUUAUGAUGUCUCCAACAGCAGCUAGAUCAGUCUGGAAGGCUCUUCUAGCCCAGGGUGCCAUCCCUAUGGGCUCUAGUGCUUGGGAGACAUUGAGGAUUCUUCGAGGAAGACCGGCUCCUGGCAAAGAACUCACAGACGAGUUUAAUGUUUUAGAGGCCGGUCUCUGGAGGGCUCUUUCUUUGAAUAAAGGCUGUUAUAAAGGACAGGAGACCAUCGCAAGGCUUGUAACUUAUGAUGGAAUCAAGCAAACAUUAUGGGGGAUUCGUUUAUCAUCUCCAGUGGAACCAAGCACCAUCGUUACAGUUGAUGGGAAGAAGGUAGGAAAAUUGACAAGCUUUACAGCUGGUACGAAAACGUCAGGGCCUUUUGGAUUAGGAUAUAUAAAGAGGAGGGCAGCUUCAGAGGGAGACUCUGUAACUGUUGGUGACAACGUAGUUGGGACACUGGUGGAACUUCCGUUUCUUAGGGAUCAACGCCCACCAUCAAAGGAUUAGCUUAGUAGUGCUGUCAGCUUCCUUAUUAAAUUAUUCAACGGUCCUCAAGUGAUUGGUGUAUCUUAUUCCUAUUUUCUCUCUUCAGGUACGGCAUACUGUCAUCUUGUGUGUAAACAGGAUAUAGCUAGUUUUAAAUGUGUAAAAAUUAAAAUGGCCUCUUUUGAGGGUUAAUUCAGCAGGAAAGAUGAAGAGCUUAAUCCUAAUUUGAGUUGGCCAAAGAGAAAAUGAGACUUGGUCUGAAAUCAAGCAAUAAUAGUAAUAGUUAAAGGUUCAAUGCUAUUUUGUGGAUUCUUCAAGAUGUUCAUUGGUCUUUUGAAUUGUACGUAACUAUAAGGCACUAUAUGUAUUAGUCUUGUGGAACUAUCGUUUUGUUGUAUAGCAAAUUGUCCAUCUUUGA